UUGCCUGAGACAGAUCCAAUCUAAACCCUACAUUUCCAUUUUGUAACGAUCCCAGGCGCAAAAAUCUUUUUGCCGACAUCUCGCAUCAUGGAUUCCAUUCAAACAAACUUCAAGUCUCCGGACAUUUAUGGAUUCAAGAGUUUCAUGCUCUUCAUAUAAGGUGCGUAAUUCCGUCGGUUGCGUGCGCGAAUUGAACGAGGCCCCCUAAUCCAUCUUCCAUUUUUCUCCCAUCACCCCAGGUCAAAUGAAUCCAUCUUCACCAACUUGAAGAACUUUGAUUCUCUCAACCUAUUUGUCUCAAUUAGGUUUUCAACUCCGAUCGUCUGGAGUCUAUAUUCUGACCCGGAUUUGAAAUUCUUCAACUGGAUUUCGUAAUCAAUUUCUGAUUUUCGCAUUUCGCCUCGGAAUUUAUGAAUUUCAGAAGUUUGGAUGAGUUCUGGGUUUUCUAUAUGAACCAGCACUCAAAACCCUCGACGAGACGAUGGCACUUUAUUGGAACUCUCUCUUCUAUCUUCUUCUUUCUUUGCUCUUUACUGUUUAGCUGGUGGUUCCUGUUCUUUGUGCCUUUGACUGGAUAUGGAUUCGCGUGGUACAGCCAUUUCUUCGUCGAGGAAAAUGUUCCUGCUUCCUUCGGUCAUCCAUUUUGGUCUCUUCUUUGUGAUUUCAAGAUGUUUGGAUUGAUGCUUACUGGGAAUAUGGACAGGGAAAUCAAGAGGCUGGGGAAAAGACCUGUGUUGCAGGCGUUCUAAUUCUAAUAAUUUGAUGUGAUAAGGAUUACCAAAGUUGUUUUUGCUUUCCUGUUGGAGAAUCAGCUCAUUCCAGCAUCUUUUUCUCUCCACAUGUACUAUCCUUCCUCACACAAGAUUGUUCCAGCUACAAGUUUUAAUAUCAAUGUUGUAUGUUUCUUGUGCUGCUUUGGAUGGAUGGUUUGAAGCCAUUUUGUUUCCCACAAGAUUAGAAUUCUCUACAGAUCAAUCAAUUCUCAUCCUCAGGUUGGGCUGCUUAGUUUGGAAAGAACUCAUUUGAAGGCCAGGCCACUGAUGCUCGGUUAUGCAAUUUACUUCCAAAUUUGAUUCUCUAACUUGGCUUACAAUCUGCAGUCAUGUAUCUAUAUGGUGUUCUGUAAACUGUUUAUGUUUAUCUUGUACAAUGAAGUUCAUCAACAAAGUUACACUUUUUCCAAUA